AUGUGGGGAGAAGGAUCUGAUGGUUAAUUAGGACAUGGCACUAAAACAAACAUGCUCUAUCCUGAAGAAAUAAAAUAGGAAUUAGAAAAUUUAAAUAUAAAAUAAGUAUCAUGUGGUGGUUAUCAUACUGUAUGUAUAACUAUCGAAGGCUAUGUUUAUUCUUGGGGCAAAAACUCUUCCGGCUAACUUGGUCAAGAAACUUUCCUGACUAUUCUAUAGCCUAAAAAGAUACUCUAUUAAGAAUAAAAUGAGGGUAAUAUGUAUAUACCUAACAUAGUUAAAGUAUAUAAUUAGAUAAAGAAUUAGGAAAUUAGAUGUUUUUACCCUAUUCAUGAUGAAAAUUUAAUAAAAUAAAAUUUCCUUUCUUAAGAAUUGGUGGAUAUAAAGCUUGGCUUUUAUCAUUGUAUAGGUCUAACAAAUGCUGGAGAAAUAUAUGUUUGGGGAAGCAAUUAAUAUGGGUAACAUGGUAUUUCUAGCUAGUAGAUAUUGGCCUAAUAUAAGGAAAAUAGUAGGUUUAUAAGACAUAUUAGCUCGAAAGAGUUGACAACUGAAUCGUUUCCUACCUUAGUAAGCUUUUUUGAUAUCAAAGAGUAAAGAAUAGUAACUUAAAUAGCCUGUGGAGCUGAAUAUUGUAUGGCUAUAGAGAAUAAAAGGACAGUUUAUGCUUGGGGAAAAAACACUGAAGGGUAAUUAGGAUUAGGCUUUGUGACUUCUUUUGUAGAAUAACCUAGUAAAUUGUCCACUUUUGAAGGUUUAUUAAUGAAACAAGUAGAAUGUGGGGAAAAUCAUAGUCUUUUUUUAACUGAUAGUGGAAAAAUAUACACUUGUGGUUCAUAUUUAUACGGGAAACUAGGUUUAGGUUAAAUUAGUAAUAAUUAGAUAAUUCCAUAGUUAAUAAAAGGAAUUGAAAAUGUAGAAAAAAUAGCCUGUGGAAGUAAUCAUUCUAUGGCUUUAGUAAGAUUAUAGGAAAAUGGGGGAAAUGAAAAUAAUAAUCAUAAUAAUUAUAUUAAUAAAGUUAUGAUUUUAUAUACUUGGGGUAGUGGUUUUUAGAGUAAAUUAGGACAUGGGGAUUAAGAUGAUGUUUAUGAACCGUUUUAAAUAGAGAAUUGUAGUUUCGAAAAAUCACGCAGCAAUACUGGCUAAAAAUUAAACGAAUUUUCAAUUAUAUACAUGGGGAUUUGA